GAAUGUCGAUGUCCGGCGACUGUCCUAGAACCAAGUCAGCCAUUAUCAGGGCCCAGUUGAAAACUGGUUUAUUCUAAGACAUGAACUUCUAUGAACCACCUUAGUGAGAAAUUAAGCAUUAUAGCUUGGUUAACAAGCCUUGCUUCUCGAGCGAUACUGCAUUCAUCCAUUUUGAUCUGCCUACGAAAACAGCGAGGCUCUCGAGGCCAAUAUCAUCUCUCUCAAAUUCAUCGGUACGUCUUGAGUCAGUCUCAUCUUGUAGUUGCUCUUAUGAAUGCGUACUUUUAUACCUCCGUCAUCUUUUUCCUGCUUCAAGCGCUUCAAAGCAGAGCAGUGUUAAAUAUAACUGCAUCAGAGCCGCUUCUUCAGAACCAGACGCUGUUGUCCAAUAGUCAAAUCUUUGAGCUCGGGUUCUUCACACCUAAUGGAUCACAAAACCAAUAUGUAGGAAUAUGGUAUAAGAACAUGACUCCUUCCAAAGUUGUCUGGGUGGCCAAUAGGGAUCAGCCACUCACAGGUACAGAUCGAUCUGCAAGCUUGACAAUAGGCAGUGAUGGAAAUCUGAAGCUUCUUGAUGGACGGCAAAGCCUGGUCUGGUCUACCAAUGUGACGGUCAAUUCAAAUUAUUCUGUAGCAACACUUUUGGACUAUGGAAAUUUUGUUCUGCAGGACAGAAAUUCGAAUGAAUUAUGGGGAAGCUUUGAUGAACCUACUGAUACCCUUUUCCCAAACAUGAAUUUGGGAAUAAAUGUGAAAACAGGAAAGAAAUCAUACUUGGUUUCCUGGAAAAGCGAAAAUGAUCCCUCAUCCGGAAGUUUUGUCCUAGGAAUCACGUCAGAGACACCACCUCAGGUAUUCGUGUGGAACGGAUCAACUCCUUAUUGGAGAGGUGGGCAAUGGGAUAAGUCGACCUUCGUCGGGAUACCUGAUAUGGAUGACACAUACAUGAGCGGCUUUAGUCUUCAGCAGGAUGUUCAGCAGGGAACAUCAUAUUUCAUCAUUAACAAUUACAACAACUCUUUCUUCGGAUAUCUAUUGAUCUCAUCAGACGGGUCUUUAAAGCUACUGGAUUGGGAUGACCGUACUGACAAGUGGUUAACAAAUUGGGAGGCACCGACAAAUCGCUGUGAAAUUUAUGGAACUUGUGGUCCUUUUGGUGUUUGCAGUUCAUUAAAAUUUCCUAUAUGUAGAUGCUUAAAAGGGUUUCAACCAAGGUCCAAUCAAGAAUGGAACAGAGAAAACUGGACAGGAGGGUGCAUCAGGGAAACAGAAUUAAAUUGUCAGAGAAACACAAGCACCUCUGCUCCAGUAAAAGAAGAUGUCUUCUUGAAGAUGAGCCAGAUGAAAUUGCCCGAUUCCUCCAAUUAUUUGUCAGACAUAGCAGAUGCAGAAGAAUGUCAAAGUUGGUGUCUAAGUCAUUGUUUGUGCUCGGCUUACUCUUAUGUGAAUACUAUAGGAUGUAUGGUUUGGAGUGAAGAGCUCAUGGAUAUUCAACAAUUCACCACAGCAGGGGAAGAUCUGUUUAUUCGCCUUGCACAUGAAGAUAAAGGUUUAUCAAAACAAACGAAAGUGAUCAUCAGCCUAAGUACAAUUUUUGGCAUCAUCUUGUGUGGAGCUGCCAUAUAUGGUCUAUGCAAGUGGAGAGUUAACAAAAGAGGGAUGUUUAAGACAAGGAAAACCCCACCACUACUUUACUCAGGGGAUACGACGGAUAGGUCAGAAGAAGUGCAGAAUGCAUGCAAAGAGCCAUGGAGGCAAGAUAAUGCAUCAGAGUUGACACUUUUCAGUUUUGAUAGCUUAUUACUUGCGACAAACAACUUCAACACAGGCAAUAAACUCGGGCAGGGAGGUUUCGGCCCCGUUUAUAAGGGAAAGCUGAAUGAUGGAAAGGAGAUAGCCGUGAAAAGGCUUUCGAGCAGCUCAGCACAAGGCGUGGAAGAGUUCAAGAAUGAGAUCCUUCUGAUAUCUAAACUUCAACACCGAAAUCUCGUCAGACUCCUAGGUUGCUGCGCUGAAGGAGAGGAGAAAAUCUUAGUAUAUGAAUACUUGUCGAACAAGAGCUUGGACACCUUCCUUUUUCAUUCAAGGAAGAAGGCUGACCUGAGCUGGGACAUUCGUUUCCACAUCAUCCAGGGGGUUGCCAGAGGGCUCUUGUACCUACAUCGUGAUUCUUGUCUUAGGAUUAUUCAUCGAGACUUGAAAGUGAGCAACAUCCUCUUGAAUGAAAAGAUGGAUCCGAAAAUUUCUGAUUUUGGGCUGGCACGGGUAUUUGAAGGCGCUCAAGUCUUGGUAAACACACAAAAAGUUGUCGGGACACUCGGCUACAUGUCUCCUGAGUAUGCCAUGGGUGGAAUAUUUUCUGAGAAAUCCGAUGUUUAUAGCUUCGGAGUACUGCUCCUAGAGAUUGUCAGCAGCAAAAAGAACACUAACUUAGGUUACCACGAACAACAUCUCAAUCUCCUCCUCUGUGCGUGGCAAUUGUGGAUUGGAGGUAAAGCACUGGACCUAAUGGAUGAGGCAAUUGCAGAUGCCUUUUUACCGUCAGAGGCGAUUCGAUGCGUUCACGUGGGGCUUCUCUGCGUGCAGGACCAUGCCGUGGAUAGGCCCAACAUGUCCCAAGUGGUUCUGAUGCUAAGCGGCGAAUCGGAUCUUCCUCAGCCGAAACAACCUACUUUUACCUUUCAAAGCUUAAAAACUCAUGAUAUUUUGUCAUCACAACAACAAAGUAACUCGUCCACGAACGCCAUCACGAACACUGUCGUUGAAGGUAGAUAAUCAAUCAUUGUGAUCUGUAAAAUUUGUAUCUAUGUAUAGAUUAGAAUGGCUUGCAUCUACAUUUUGUUCAAAAGGAUGAAUGGACAGUUCAGUUUUUGUGGAA